AUAAAAGGCGCCCACCGACUGCCGCUGUCGCUCAACGCGAGAGUGUCCAGUGAAAGUCGUCGUCCACUCACCGGAGGUCUACCUGUUCUUCGCAUAACCCCCCCGCUAUAAGUCCCCAUAUCGCACGUCGCGAGCCAUUCGAACCCAGUUGUUGGUGGUGUUUGCAUCCGGACGUCCCGUCGAUACACCUUCAACCCGGCAACGGACUUAGUGUGACUUCCGAAGACGUCGGUGAAAAACGAGGGGAAAAAAAAAAGCAGCAAAAGAUUCACGCACUCCGCAAGAAGAGAGGAAAUAUCCUUAGGGAUUUAACUACCUGAGUCAUCGUUCAAAUAAGCAACCGCAAAGCCAAGAUGAAGACCACCCUGAUCGCCUUUGGUGCCCUCUGCCUAGCUGUCGCGAUAGCUAUUCCAAAGGAGUCGCCCAAACGCUCCAAGCGGGCCGCGUACGAGCUCCCAGACGGCUCCGAGCUGAUCGUCGGUAGCUACCAGACGAGCUUCAGCUGCGCGGGCCUGCGGUACGGCUACUACGCCGACACGGACAACGAGUGCAAGAUCUUCCACAUCUGCCACCCGGUCGUGCUCGCCGACGGCAGUGAGCAGAUGUACCACUGGAGCUUCUUCUGCGGCAACCAGACCGUGUUCAACCAGCUGACGCUCACCUGCUCCUUCCCGGAAGAGGCGGUGCCGUGCCAGAACGCCCGGGACUUCUACUACGUCAACGACAACAUCGGCGUCGAGGACGCUCCUUUCCUCACCGACGAUGACGUGUCCAGGGGACAGUCCCUGUAUCCGGGUUACGGCGCUAGGCUCAGCGGUCGCGCUGCCGCCGCAGCCGCCAAGAAGUAGGACGAAACCGAACGCUAGGAGACCAAAAUGCCGACACGCCCUACCAUAUGCCGCUUACCACUGCCGAACUUAGAGGUUUUUGAAUCGAUGACGCGAGAUGGGAAGACAACAGUUCGACAUUUAAACAGAUUUUUCUGUUCAACAGGAACCUUCGUGGCUUAUAUCUAUAAAGCCUAUACAUUGUCUAUAGGGAAUUUCUAUAGAGGGUCUGUAGUCGAUAGAAUAUGCAUGGACAGCGUAUGAACGUUUACUCUGACAUUUAGCCAAGUGUUGUCCAGUGUCUAUAGGUAAUACAUAGUAACAAAAAGACAACAUUUAAUUUUAUACAAAGCGUAACGUGUGUAUGAGGUCCUAUAUCACUACUACCUGUUUUCGCUGCACCGGAAAAGCAAUUUUAUUAGGACGCUGAAAAAUGUGCCCGAAUUUGGAUUAAGCCUAACACGAGGCUUAGCACGAGCCCUUAAAGUAGAUGCGCAGAGUGCACGAGCGUUAUGGAGGUGACGCGGCAUCCAUUGUUGUCGUCGUUGCUGCAGCUGUUGUCUUCCCGCUGGUCGUCGUCAGGUCCAGGGGUCCCGCCCUUGUGGAUAAACGAACCAGGUUACCUCUAAGAAUUCGCGACACUGCCACCAAACAAACCACGGCGUCGCCACCCCGGCGGCAUAAUCCUCUGAGCUUCUGUUCACGUCGUACGUCAUCAUUGAUCGCACUCUUGUCAAUGUUAUCGAUAGCCGAAGGAGAACUUUCAGAUAUCGCAUUCAACAUGCAAAAGAAUGCCAUGCUCAUAGGGCUUCUGCCAUCCGGGUGGCAGUUACCCGCGACUUCACGGCGACACUAGUCAGUGUCGACGGCGAUGUAGGCGGUAUACGCGUAUUAUACCAACACGCUCUGCUUUCGCUGGUUAAUUCCUUGUACAAUAUAGCGUGCGUACACUUAGUGUGAGCCACUUGAGACGCUUGGGAUGCCAGUAUUUCCAUUAGGCAUUCGUAACACCCCUCUCAUGUAUCAACUUUUGCUUGACUAAUUUGCUUUGCGUCAAGGUUACCGAGAAUUGUACAGUUCUGGUAACGAAAGUGAAGAAUACGUCGCACUGAUAAGUGCCUUUCAUUCUGAACCUGCGGCCUUUUUCAAAAGACCGUGUUUCUCUUACUUCUUCUGCAAGGCACACCAAGAGGUGCGUAUACAAGGUGGUAUUUCAGCAAGAGAUCGGCGCACGAUGCUCUUGAUCAAGGCAAAGUGUGCUCACAGAGUGCCAAGCAUUACAUGAAUUCAUUGACCAACGUCCGAGCCACGGCGCCCAUGCUUCUGCGGCAGUUUUUGUUCAGUCUUUGUCAGUAAUUUCGAUGCCACUCCGCGAGGGUGACGAAAUCUGUUACGUGGUGGGGCCCAUUAUAGGGUUUCCGCGCGGCGGCUCGCACUCCAGAGUCUAAGGAAUUAAGAAGGCCUGUCUCAAUAUCUCUAGCAUUUGAGCAGCGAAAGGUUUUCAGAACCUGACAACUGGUCUGGACAUGGAGCGCGGAGUGACUUCGCAAAUUCUGAGAAACACUGAAAGUCCUCCCGAUUGGGCUGCAGUGAACAGUCAUAGAUGCAUUGCUUCGCGAUCAGUACAGUUACAGGUUGUUGUAGCGGGCGUCUUGACUGUUUACGGGGUUCUAUGAAGAAAGCUAAACACCCAUCAACACGUCCGGUAUAAGCUUUCUGGGGUGACCACAAGUCUACUGACUCAACAGAAGCACAUCAUUUAGCCAUCUACUCUUUCACGGUAGUUUGUAAUGUCAGUAGAGACAAGGUGUACGUUUCUUUUUUUUUUUCAGCUUACGCCUUUGCGAAAUCCGCCGAAUGCUUGUCGCAACGUUGAUCACAUUGCAACAUAUUGUGUGACUUCGUCUCGGACUAAGGUCGAUGUUGUUUGUGAGCUGUUUGUGUCCCGUUUCGUAUACAAACACGCCUAAGGCUAGUUCUUUGUUUGUUGAAGUUUUCUUUUCUGGUGUGAGCGUUUGCUACCGUUCCCGAAGAAUAGCACUGAAGUCUAUUGGAUGUCGCCGGAUGGUGUCGGUGGUGCGUUUUACGAAACGCACUGCGCCGAAACUUGCAGCGCAUAACCCCUGUGCCACGUUAUAAAAGCAUAAUACCUGCUUCAGCUAUUCCGGUUGCGUCAUUCCGCUCCGAUAUGUUGUUUUAGUAUAUGUUUUGUGCGCUUGUGUGUGAGAUGAAUGCUAUGUGCCGACAGUAAUAUGAGCUGAACUCGUUUUUUCUUGCAUUAUGACUAUGCAGUCACUUGAUGUGCGAAUGGCGGGGUUGGUCUUUCGGUGCUGGAGUCUGUAGCCUAAAGUUACGUCAAAAUAUGUUGUCAGCUGACUAAACGGUUGUUAUGGUGAGGUUAUAUGUUCGAAGACUUUUAGUAUUUAACCCUUUUUUUUUUUCAAUCUACACAAUGCAAGAUCGUUGUCAUGCAUGCGUAAGCUUGAGAAAAAGGGAAGCAGAGGUUUCGUGGUAUGCUUGAGAAAUGCGAACGAAAACGUAUUAAAGAAAUGGUGGCACUGCACUCAUAGCAGACAGUUUCGCUAUUUCAAGAUCACCCGAGCAUUUCUGCUAACACCACUCUAACAUCGAAUGGGAAUGGUGUGCGGCAAAACCAUGUUAGAAAAAUUUUCCCGCACUCACUUUUGGGACCAUUGCAUGAACGUAAUGGCGUCACAUCGUGCUGCGCUAACCCCUGUCCUUGCUUUUUAUGCAGUAAAUGAACAUCUCGCUGGUUGAGAAUGCUUGGCUACGCAGUUUUCUCGGGCUGGGUGUCAACUCCUGUUUCGUUAUGUCCAAGAGGUUAUCUUGUCAAUGUCUUUAAGUGUUACGCGUGCAACUAACCCUACGAACGAAUGUUGUGUGCUGUCCGCUGUUGUCAGACUGUCGCUUGUACCUGUCGCGAGCACGCUCUGUAAUGUUCUGUUGCGUGUAUACAUGUUCUAACCGUUGUGUCACAAACAGUGUCGUUGUCAAGUUACACAAACGUUGGUCGGGCUUUGCAGUUGUACUUAGGCUAACAGCUUGUGUCAAAUCUCUAAUGUGUAACUUCGAAAAACCGAGCCCCUGACCGUCCCCCUCCUACGCUUCUCCCCAAGCCCCGUGUCUUCUCUUGCAUUAAUCUUUUUUUUAUAACUCACUUUGUUACAUGUUUGUUUCGUUUACUGUUUAGCCUAGUUUUCCCACGCAUUUUUUUUUUCAUAUCUUGUUACUGCUAAGCUGUUACGUUUCUUGUUUUGAGUUGCCUGAACCAUUUGUUCUCUUGUUUUUAUUUUUUUACUCUUCUGUACAGACCUCGAUGAAGGAAGCAAUAAAACACACGCACACGUGA